AUGCGAUUACUGCCGAACAAAAAAAGUUCGGUGUACUGGAUCUCACCCGUGUCGCCAUCUCAUGGAGAGCUCUGCCACUUCACGCCUAUCAGCAGACGAAUCUCGAAGAAAAGGAAAACGGUAAAGCAUGAACAACGAGCCCUCCAGGACCGAUUAGAAAGGGCAGAAAAACUCCUGCGUCAAGCUGGCAUCGCCAUUGCUCCGUAUCAACCUGCACCUAUCUUUCCCGCACCAAGAAAUGAUGACGGACCACCGUCUGCGCCAGCGGAAACUCCUAGCAUCAUUUCAAAUGAAGUCCAUACGACUAUGCCAGAUGAGACAAGCGUGGGCAUUGAUCGCCUAGUUGAUAUCGAUGGUCUGUCAUACCAAAAUCGGGAAGUCAGCAAUCUUGCCUCGCCAUUUCAGAACAACCUCCUCUCGAUCGAGAAUCAAAGCGUAAAUGACCUAGAAAUGAGAGACGCUAAUCGCGACACGAUGGUGCCAUUACAUCCCUCUGGUGGGAGCUGUACAACCUCUACUCAAUGCUCCAACAGCCCACCCCAUGUUAUCCAGUCAGGUUCGGGACGAUCACAAACAACGAUCGCAGAGCCAUGCAGCAGUUCGCAGAAUCGAAGCCUCAGCGUGCAAGACGUGGUCUCGAGCACCAACGACCCUUCAUGCCCACACGACGAACUUCAUGGGCCCGGAUCCUACCUGUCAAUCUGCAGUGAUCCUGCAGCUGAGUGGGUCUCAAAACAGAUAGGCCCAUCGGGUUUCUCAAACAGUGCAAGCACAUUAGCCACUGAAGUCUGCCGUGGCCUGAAGAUCCAGGCUCCGACGCACCAGACCAGGGUUCCUGAACCGCCGCUGGACUGUGCUAGGAGAUAUGCUGCUGCAUACUUCGAUCAAGCAUUCGAAUCCGUCUUUGAUAUCAUCGACCGUGCAUCUUUCGAGCGGCGGCUGAGUGAGCACAGCGAUAUAGGUACGCUUGAUAAUGAUCCCGCUUGGUACGCGUUGCGAAAUGUGGUGUACGCCUAUGGUUGCAGAGCUUCCGUCUUCAAAGAAGCGGUGCCAGAGACUUGGGUAGACGCUCAGAAUACAGCCUGGGGUUAUUUCGAGAAUGCUCUGUCAGUCCACACAGAACUUGUCUACUUCAAAUCAAACCUUUCCGCUGUUCAAGCACUAUUGGCCAUGUCGUUGUUCAUCGAAGGUGCUGGUACGCCACAGCUGGAGUAUAUGCUCAUCAGCACCACUGUUCGCCUGGCCCAGUCGAAAGGGCUUCAUUUGCGUCCGGGACCAACGUCAAAGAUGGGAGCGAGCGAAGUUGCCCUACGAAGCAGAAUGUUCUGGGCGAUGUAUUUUUAUGAGAAGCACAUUGCGUAUCGCGCUGGUCGUCCUUCGAUGAUCAGAGACAACGACAUUGAUUGCGAGCUACCAGAGCCGGUUCCUGGUCAACCCUCGGCCAAGACAGAUGUUUUCUACCACAUCAUUCGCCAUGCGCAGAUCUCAUCCGUAAUUGUUGAUCAAUUGACAAACGCAGAAGCGCGCCGGCGAGACAUGGGAAAGACGGUCCAAACAGUCAACGAGAUCGAUGCGAGGCUUCGGUCCUGGUACCAGACGAUCCCUGAGUCUCUUCAGCUCAGUCCCGCACACUUGCUACCCGCUUCUUCUGGCAUUCAGAUAACUCAUAUCCUUUACCUCCAUAUGGCUUAUUUCGGGAGCUUGGCUGCAAUACACUCCGUCUUUGCCUAUCCAUGGAAAACAACAAACUCUCAUCCAGGGUCAGAUGUUGAUCUCAUCCCACAAAUCAAUUCAAGCAUGCAGGCUGUCGCUGAAGCGUCGCGAAAUAUCAUAUUGGCCACCAAGUAUUUGACAAUCUCUGCAGCUGCUCCAGCAUGGGAGGUAUUUUUGUACCCUCUUGUCGGCAUGAUCAAUUUAUUUGUAUAUAUCUUGAAGCAUCCCACACAAAGGUCUGUCUCUUCUGAUCUCGGUCUGCUGCAGAUGGCUGCGGGAUACUUUGGAUAUAUGGACUAUGCCACGGCAUCCAACAAAUCCUUUCCAUUCACCAAGGAUCUUGUAACUCUUGCCCAGAAUGUUGUACAGCGUGCGCAGGGCCCUCGUACUACUGCCAGCACUGAGGUGCCUACAACCUCGGGUGACGCCUUCGAAGCAGGUGGCACUGAUACUUUAGAUCUCACUUCUUGGGACGAGGAGCUGGCUGGAUUUACCGGAACGGAUAUGGACCCAGACAGUUGGACUUGCUUCUUACCAUCCUUCACUCAAGUCUCGUCAAUGGCCAUGGACAACUUCCCGGUAGAGUCGAUUGACUUUUCCAUCAGCCACUAA